CUGCUGCCUCCGCGCCGGCCUUUUAAGCGCCGCCGCCUCCCUCCCGCCGCCUCUUCCUCUCCCCGCAGCCGCUCCUCCUCGGCGCCCAAAAUGCCCCGCUACGAACUGGCGUUGAUCCUGAAAGCCAUGCAAAGGCCGGAGACAGCCGCAACACUGAAACGCACAGUGGAAGCUUUGAUGGAAAGGGGAGCAGUGGUGAGGAAUUUGGAGAACCUGGGAGAAAGAGCCCUGCCAUAUCGAAUCACAACACAUAGCGAGGAUCACACCAGAGGAGGGUAUUUUUUGGUAGAUUUUGAAUCUCCAUCAACAGUUAUAUCAUCCGUGAAGGACCAUUUAGGACGUGAUAUUGAUGUGAUAAGGUCUACUGUUUUAAAGCAUCAUGUGACAAAAACAGAAGAAUGUAUGGGCAUUGUUGAAGAAAAUAUUGAAGACAAACUAAUUGGGAAGAAGAAGAAAUAACAGAAAACUAUAUGAACAUUGUAACCACUAAUUUGAUUCUAGUUAUAGGAAUCUAGUUUGUGCAAAACUUUUGCUAUUUCCAUCAAUAUUUUAUUUGUAUUUUGAAAAUCUGCAUGUGCCUCCCCAUCUCCUCAGUGUUACAUUCAUUUUUGAAGAUUAUUCUAUCUUAAAAACAACCUUUUCCUCACAAAUAGACAAAUUUAGACUUACUUCCAAGUUAACAUGCAGGACUGGUCAGAAUCUUUCACACUUUAUAUACUUAACACGAAUGUACUCUGUGCUAUAUAUACUGUAUAAUUGUAUUUGAAAUAAAAAUUAUUUUAAAUGAAUGUAAUAAAAUUCUAAAAUGAACACAA